AUGAACCGCCUCCGCAAGUCCGAUAACAACAAGUGCUCAGUGCCGAAACGUGGGAUCAGGGAAUAUCGAGGCAAAUGGGGCUGGCAUAGAACUUACCCAGAACAGGAGAGAAUGCUCAGUACAGAAAAGCGAGAAAUCCCCGAGAGACGAGAGCCGGUAAAGAUGAAAUCGGUGCCGGAUUUGGAGCCCGUAUCGUGA